CUCUCCCCCGGCUGUACGCGCAUCACACACACGGCACACACAUUCACAGCAGCUCGCGCUCUCAGCAUUGGCUACGCGGUCUCUUCUCGCUCCACCACCAACCAACCAACCACCAACCAACCACCACCUCCUCGUCCUCCUUCUCCUCUUCCGGCCGGUGGACGGAUGCCGCUACCAACACCACCACCAACACCACCACCAACACCACCAACAACCACCACCACCGUCGCAACCGCAGCGCCGUUCGCUAAAGAGUGAUGUGGCAUCGCGUACGUCAGCGCGUGGCAGUCCAGAAGCAGCGACAGCAGCAGCGGAAGCGGCGACAGCAGCAGCGGCAACAGCAGCAGCAGCAGCGACAACAGCAGCCACCGGUUCCUUCAGUCCAAGCCAACAGCCACCACCACCACCACCGCUGCUGCUGCCACGGCCACGCGGUGAUCCCGGCCGCCUGGCUGUGACGAGGAGGCCCCGGGGUGCUGUUGGCUGCUCGUGGUCACUGCGUGGGGAGAUUUGGUGGGGACGAGUUGGCUGGGUGGUUUAUACCGCGGUGGCUUUUACCGGCCCCUGUGUGGCUACCGACAGAUCGAGCGAGGCGAGGCGAGUGUAGGGGAGGAGAGAGAGAGAGAGAGAGGGCAGAGAGAGAGAGAGACGAGAGGGAGAACGCGGGGGGGGGGGGGUGGUUGAUGGAAGCUCCGGCCUGCGCUGCGAAUUUUCAAUUCCGGGGGAGAUCGAGCUGAGAUGUGAGAGCCACCGCCGCUGACCGAGCGAGUGACCGAGUGACCGAGUGACCGAGUGACCGAGUGACUUUGCUGGUUUGCCGCCCGUGGAGGCGGCCGUGACCGGGACGGGAGAUUUAAUCCGAAGCCUUCGCGUUCCCUGGCAGCAGCAGCAGCAGAAGAAUAAGAAGCCGAGCAAUCUUAGAGGACUGCGCGAGACGGUUGCCUGAGGUGUGAAGGAGUGGUGGGAGCUGGGGGUGGGGGGGGUGAAGUUGGGUGGGAGGGGGCAAGAAAAGCGACGAAGAUCAAUCCCAAGGAUUUCUCUCUUUCGAUUUGAGAUUUUGUUCGCUUGUGAGCGAAUGUUUUUUGUUUGUUAGCUUUCUGUUUAAAUGCCAAAAACGACGGCAACGAAGGCUCGCGGGAUGAAGCGUGAAUAGUCCGAGAGCUUCGGCAGGGCGAGCAGCAGCAGCAUGCCAGACUCGCCGGUGGAAGUGAAGGUUGCAGCCCGCUCCAGCGCCACACCUCCAGCCAUGCCUCCACCUCCUGCCUCGGUCGCGCAGGGAGCCCCGCGAGCCAGCACCUACACGCCCACCGCCAUGAUCAACGGUGGCUCCAGCCACUCGCCCACCGCUGCCUCCAUCGGAGGGUCGCCCUCGUCCCCUCCGCACGGCUACCACGGACCCUCGCCCUCGCCCUCGUCUGGGUCCUCUUCCUCCUCUUCCUCGCUGUCUUCGUCGUCGUCAUCGUCGUCGUCUGCGUCUGCGCUCUCCUUGUCCGCCGCGUCAACGCUCGGGCAGCAGCAGCAGCACCACCAGUCACAGCAUCACCACCAUCACCACCACCACCACAACCAGAGCAACCAACAGCAGCAUCAUCAUCAUCAGCAGCAGCAUCAUCAGCAGCAGCAGCAGCAGCAUCAUCAGCAGCCGGUACCGGCGGCUUGCGGAGCCAGGCAGCUGAGCAAGCUCAAGAGAUUCCUGGCGACGCUGCAGCAGUUCGGCUCCGACAUCUCGCCCGAGAUCGGAGAGCGAGUGCGAGGUUUGGUCCUCGGACUCGUGAACUCGAGCGUGACCAUCGAGGAGUUCCACUCCAAGCUGCAGGAGGCCACCAAUUUCCCCCUGCGGCCUUUUGUCAUUCCCUUCCUGAAGGCCAAUCUGCCGCUUCUCCAGCGCGAGCUUCUGCAAUGCGCGCGAACCGCCAAGCUUUCUCCGGCUCAAUACCUGGCGCAGAACCAGUUCUUGCUGCUCGACGUGGGCAUCCCUCCUGCUCCUCCUGCUGCGCCGCUACCGCCCGGCGCGGGAACCUCGUCCCACGGUGGCGGCACGAUGGCGGGAUCUCACAACCACCACCACCACCAGCACCAACACCACCACCAGCACCACCAGCAGCACCACCACCAGCAGCACCACCACCACCACCAGCACCACCCACCGCACCACGGGACCGCAACGACGCCACAGCACCACCACCAGCAGCAGCAGCAGCAGCACCACCACCAGCAGCAGCAUCAGCAGCAGUCACCGUCACCCUUCGACUCUGCCGAGCCUCUACUGGAGGUCAACGAGAAUGGGAAGAGGAGUCUGAGUGACAGGGGCAGCCGGGAGAAUGGGCUGGGCCACGACGCGCCGAGCGGCAAGCGCCUGUGCCCUCCGCUCGCUCCCCCACCGCCGUCCAUCGGCGGCGGUGGCAGCGGGCCGCCUCUCAACGGCUCGGCCGCUUCAUCCCACAAUGCCCUGGCCGCUCUGGCCUCUCCCCUGACGCUGGCUCCUCCGUUAGCCCCGGGCGGCGGCGGCGGCGGCGCAGGGGUCGUGGGGACGACGGCGCAGCGCCCGGCGUUGAGCGGAGGGGUGCACGGCCAGUCGGCGGUGGCGGCGGUGGGGCUGUCUCAGCCGGCGACGUUGUACUCGCUGGGCGGCGGCGGUGGGCACCACAGACGGGCGGAGGAGAUGGCGCACGGAGGGAGGGCAGCGCAUAACAUCCCACACGGAGGGGCGGCCAUGGCGGCCUCGCCGUCCGGGCUCUACCGGGAUGCGGCGUGCGAGAUGCGGGAGCACCGGGAGCGGCAUCACUCGCUCGCCCUGCCCGUGUCACGGCCCGAAGAGGUCAUCGACCACCGCUUGACAGAGCGUGAGUGGGCCGAGGAGUGGAAGCACCUCGACCACCUGCUCUCCUGCAUCCUGGAGAUGGUGGAGAAGACACGGCGCGCCAUCUCCGUGCUCCGCCGCUGCCAGGAGACCGACCGGCAGGAGCUGGCGCGCUGGGUCCGCCGUUGCUGCUCCGAGGAGGCCGCCGACCCUCCCGGCGCCAGCGCCAGCGCCGGCCCCAUCGGCAAGAAGAACGGGCUGGGCCACGUCGCGGUCGGAGGCUCUGGCUCCACGCUCGGCUCCGGGUCCAUGUCCGGGAUUUCCAAGCAGCAGCAGCAGCAGCUGGCGCCGGCGGUGGCGGCCGUCUCGUCGGGCGGGCUCGCGUCGACCGCGUCGCUGCUUCUGCUGGACACGCACCAGGAAUUCUUGUCGAGGCCAGGAACGCGCUACAUGCCCGAAGAUAUCUGGAGAAAAGCAGAGGAGGCGGUGAACGAGGUGAAGCGGCGGGCCAUGUCGGAGCUGCAGAAGGCCGUGUCGGACGCGGAGAGGCAGGCGCGGAGCACCAUCGAGGGGGAACGCGCACGCAUGGAGCGUGUGCUCGCAGACGCCAAACGGCAGGCGGCCAGCGAAGCCAUCGCCAUCGUGGCGCGGCAGGACGACUCCAGCGAGAGCUGUUGGAACUGCGGCCGCAAGGCGAGCGAGACGUGCUCGGGCUGCAACACGGCACGCUACUGCGGCGCCUUCUGUCAACACAAGGACUGGGAGCGCCAUCACCACGUUUGCGGGCAGCGGCAGCAGCAGCAGCAGCAACCACAAAAGGAACAACAUCGUCAUCAUCAUCAGCAUCAUCAUCAGCAGCAGCAACAACAACAACAGCCCAAGGUUGAACCAUCUCCACAGCCCGCGGCUGACCUCAUCGUUCAAACGGCCGGAUCGGUCAAGGGAGGAGGAGGAGGUAGCAGCAGCAGCGGCGGCAGCAGUGGCUGUAGGGUUGGUGGUUCACCGGAUGAUGGGGUUAUCGCCGCCGCUGUCUCUGCCCCGCCGCCGCCGCCGCGAGCCGACUCGCCGAUCGUGGUGGAGAUCGGAGCCGCGGCGUCUCGCUGAUUUUGGGCUCCUUCAGCCCCGCUCGCCCGCACGACGAAGCGGCGACGGCGGCGACGAACGAUGUCUGGCCGCCCGCUGUGCCCACCGGGAAAUUAACUCGUUACGUUAUAAACAAACAGAAACCGCGUGCAGCAGGGUUGUUUAUUUGUUGUUGUUGUUGUAAGGGCUUCAGCUUUUUUUUUACACACUUCCGUCGAUUUGUUGAGGAGGAGAGAGGUUUUUUGUUGUUGUUGCUAUUGUUGUUGUGGAAGCUUGUUGCAUUCUAGGAAAGGCUCGGGCGGCUGUGGACAAGGCCUCGGCCUAGAUUUAUAAUUGCCAUGACAACGAAAAAUGCCCCCCACCCCCCCCCUCCCGACACUCUCCGCACAGGUGGGAGGCGAGGUGGGGGGGGGGGAAGUGGUGGUGGGGGGGGGUGCAU